UGCCGCAAAAUGUUCGGCCUUUACAACAUGGUUACCUGGUUACACUGACGACGCGGGCCUCCGCUCGCGAACACAUGAUGAGGAUGCUUCUUUGACGUGUAACUUACCCUCCAACAGAGCCAUGCCGGCCAUUGAAGCAUGGUACAUGGCGACCGAGGUGAAGGAUCAGACGGCAGAGAACCGCAUGGAUCCAAACCAGCCGGUGUCGCCUGAUGAGCUGCGAGACCUUGGGGUUCUUCAGUGGCACAUCCUGCCCAAAGGAGAAUAUCCAGCCAAAGCUGUGCCGUGGGAACCGAAGGGCAUGCAGGACCCGGAUUUGGCAGCGAUCCGCGCUGCGCGCGGCUACAAUUACGCGGACAUCAUCACUUGCUCUGAGGAGUGCUUGCCCGAUUACCACAACAAGCUGAAAGCCUUCUUUGAGGAGCACAUCCAUUCGGACGAGGAAGUGAGGUACAUUCUGAAUGGUAGUGGCUACUUUGAUGUGCGCGAUCGCGAGGACCGCUGGAUUCGGAUUGCGCUAAAUGCCGGCGACCUGAUCGCCUUGCCCGAGGGCAUCUACCACAGGUUCACCAUGGAUUCGAAGAAUUUUACGCAGGCCAUGCGUCUGUUCAAGGGCGUCCCGGUUUGGACGCCCAUCAACAGGCCAGCAGAUCAGCACCUUUCGCGGCAGCGAUAUCAGCAGCGCUUUCAGCCUUUGGAGGAGGAGAGGAAACUCAGAGCCUCCAUCGUGCGGGUGCUGCGCGGCUUCUUCGGGCAGGGCUGGUGCCUGGGCUCCUCCGGCGCCUGCGGCGCCCGGCUGGGCCGCGACGCCUGGCUGGUGACGCCCUCGGGCGUGCCCAAGGAGCUCCUGGAGCCGGAGGAUCUCUUCCUGGUUUCGAGAUCUGGUGAGCAGCUGAAGAUGCCGCGGAAGGCUGCUAAGGUCUCUGACAGCCUCACGGUCUUUUCUGCGGUCUUUGAGCGCAGGAGCGCUGUGGCUGCUAUUUGUCACAUCCAUUCUGUAGCUGCCGUUCUGGCGGCUGACAAUGGAGAUGAGGUCCUGCGCAUUAGGGACUGCGAGAUGAUCAAGGGCUUGGGAGUGCCUGGUGAUGGAGUCCUGGCCCUGCCCAUCAUUGCCAACAAGGCCACCGAGCCGGAGCUGGUGCCGGAGCUGCUGCGCGCGUUGGAGAGGUGGGAGACCGCCCCGGCGGUGCUGGUGCGCGAUCAUGGCGCCUACGUCUUCGGCAGCUCCCUGGAGAAGGCGAAGAUCGGGACGGAGUGCCUGGGCUUCAUCCUCGAUCUGGAAUCUCGGAGGAGAAGUGUUGAAGUGCCCCGACCUUUGAAGCGGCGCCGCACGGGCGCGCCCACGGUGGUGCUGCUGGACAUCGAGGGCACCACCACGCCCAUCUCCUUCGUCAAGGACCGGCUGUUCCCCUACGCUGCCAGCGCUGUGGAUGCCUGGGUCAAGGACGCUCCGCCAGAGGUGGCGGCAGCCUUCAAGAAGCAGUGCCAGGAGGACAAGGUGCCCUUCAACGAUGCAGCGCCUCAGGAGGAGAUUGUGCGACUCACCAAGGAGUGGAUCGCCAAAGACCGGAAAGUCUCGGCGCUGAAGGAUCUGCAGCUUCCGCUCUUCCAGGGCAAGCUUUGGAAGAGCGGCUACGAGCGCCAGGAGCUCAAGGGCGAGAUGUUCGAGGACACCCCCGAGGCGAUGACCGGGUGGGUGGCCAGCGGCCGGCGCGUGGCCAUCUUCUCCAGUGGCAGCCGAGAGGCUCAGCGGCUGAUCUUUCAGCACAGCGACCGGGGGGACUUGACCGGCUUCAUCUCCGCCUACUUUGACCCCAAGUCGGCCCAGGCCUCGAAGCAGGAGCCGAAGGCCUACGAAGAGAUCGCGUUGUCCAUGGGCAUCCACCCUUCGGAAGGCCUCUUCUGCACGGAUGUGCUGGCGGAGGCGCAGGCGGCGAGCAAGGCCGGGUGGCGGGCGGUCCUACUGAAGCGCCCGGGCAACGCUCCGCUGCCGGCCCACCACUUCCGGGAGGUCACCAACCUCAUGGACGCCUGAGGCACCCUGGGCGCUGGCGAGCAGGUAAGACUCGCUGCCGUUUGGAGAGGGAGCAGUUUUCCACCCCGACUUAUGGCAUGCGCAAGGCCGUUUGGUGAGGGCAGAAUGGAACAAAAAGGAGAGCUGGAGGUUGGUGCGUGGCGCUUAGUCGACGCUUGUGUAGAGAGGCGAGGCUUGCACUCUGCAGCCCUGGGC